ACUUAACAAAAUGCACUUCUGCAAUCCAGUUUGCUAAUUCUUAGCUGAGUGUAAAUGUGUAGUGCGAAAAACUGAAGAAUUUGCAUUUUUACGCAUUUUUGUGAUGUGAAGAUCUCAUAUGAUUUGCGCCUAGUGGAUAAUAUUAAGAUACUGUAAAAAAGCGACCCCAACAUAUGCUAUAAAUCCACUCGAGCAAUUUUAAUUAAUAAAACAAAAGUGCACGUAAACAUUGUGAUGGGAAAAAUAGUAAAUAUUUCUAUUGGAAUGUAGCCGAAUCUAUGCGGUUCCCCGUCGACACAGACCGAGAAGCCGCGUAAAGUUUUGCGGCUUAGAAAUAGUACCUACAGCAGUUCAGAGCUCAAGAUAUUUUGCAUGCUGCCUCAAACAUCUACUGCGUCACAAUAGUUCAAAAGAUCAAACUAAUGAGAACAACCGCUAGCCAAAAUUGAAGAAAACACUUCAAAGAUGGAGGCAAGUGACAUAGAUUCUCCAGAUGAAGACUCCAUAGAGCCUAAGGAGGAAAUAUCUGAUGGACUGCAAAUCUCCAUUGACUACGACGACUCCAUUGUUCCCAAAGAAGAACUAUCCGACUCCAGUUCAGAGAAGGACAGUGCUUCGCACAGCCACACCAUUGGAGCCCUGGUACCCAUCAAAACGGAAAGAACAUUGAGUAAAGAAGUUGCUGAACUACAAAAAAAACUGGGGUCAGAACUUAGGGAUCAUACAAGCUCAAAAGUUAAAUCGGAGCCAACUGACGUAGCAGGAUGCUCCGCGGGCCAUUCGCAAACAGUUGGCGCUACAUCGCCGAUGAAACGUACUGCAAGUAGAGACAAAAGUGUGCAACAAACUGCGCUGAGAGCAAACAGCACAGACAGAAAUACAAGUAGCACAUUUAACGAAGACGAACAAGGUACAAAUGAUAGAAUUCCAGAAGCAGUUAUGUUCGAAGUGGAAAUUGAUGGGGUGCCAGUUGUCUACUCGGCUGUUAUAAAAGUGGAACGUGAUGAAACAAAUGAUUCGACAGAUGACACGACUGUAAACGACCAAUCGGCGUGUGAUUAUUACUAUGCAGCCAAUGAAACUUUGAAUAUCGAAUCCCACUCAAAUACACAAGGCACUGAAUACAAACCAAAUGUACCGCAAUCCGGUGAUUUUGGUAGUAAGAGGAAUAGAUCAGCACCCAAAAAUCGCAAAGAGCAGGAGUUGUACAUUUGCGACAUCUGUCGGACCAUAUUUAAAAGGAAGGACGAUAUUAUAAAGCACAUUGAGAUACACACAGCAGAUGCGGGCUAUUCGUGUGACCGUUGCGACGAGACGUUUCGACUGAAACAAAUGCUGACGAACCAUCUAAAAGUUCACUCAGUACAACUGCCGUUCGAAUGCAAAUAUUGCUGCAAGAGGUUCGCACAGAAAUACCUGCUAUCGAGGCAUACCAGACGGCUUCAUAUCGGUCAGAAUCCUUUCUCUUGUGACCUCUGCGAGUAUAGGUGUUCCGCGCAAAGCUCUCUGAACGCCCAUAUCAAAGCUCACACGGGGGAGAAGACCUUCUCCUGUAACGUUUGCCAUUACAACUUCACGGUGAAGGCGUCCUUGAAGAGGCACAUGGAAAUCCACAAUACCGAGGACCACUACGCCUGCGAAUUCUGCCGCGCGAAGUUCGCGCAGAAGAACAGUCUGAUCAAACACAUGAAGUUGCACCUAGACGAGAACCUAUCUUGCGACAUAUGCAGCAAGAAAUUCGCGCGCAGGGGCAACUUAAUUGACCACAUGAAAACGCACACCGGCGAGAAGCCAUUCUUCUGCAACCUGUGCGACAGGAAGUUCGCGCGGAACUCCGGCCUGAAUGUGCACAUGAAAACGCACACUGGCGAGAAGCCGUUCCCAUGCAAGCUGUGCAGCAAGAAGUUCGCUAGAAACUCCAGUUUGAACAUCCACAUGAAGAUACACACUGGCGAGAAGACCUACUUCUGCAACUUGUGCCAGAAGAAGUUCGCGCUGAAGAACAAUCUGUUGGUGCACAUGAGGUCGCAUUCACGCGAGAAACCAUUUUUCUGCACACUGUGCAGUACGAAGUUCGCGCAGAAGUAUUAUCUGAAGAGACAUAUGCGCCUCCACGUCGGUGAAAAACCGCAUUCCUGUAAACUUUGCGAGAAGAAGUUUGCGCGAAAGGAUUACCUGACUAAACAUAUGAAAACUCAUACCGGGGACACGGACACGGAGUCGGUUGCUUAGUUUUUUGACAACGCGCCAUUUCUCGGUUUUUGAUACUGCGCUAUUUCUCGUUUUUUGAUAUUGCGCCAUUUCUCGUUUUGUGGCGCUGUGAAAUUUCUCGUCUUUUGACACUGCGCCAUUUCUCGUUUUUUGAUACUGCGCUAUUUCUCGUUUUUUGAUACUGCACCAUUUCUACGUUCAUUUUUUGACACGAGACCGACGACGCUACCUUGUGUAGUAUAUUUUAUUGUUUAACGAGUUACAUGCGUCUCCACGUUGGUGUAAAACGACAUUCCUUUCGACUUUGUGAGAAGAAAUUUGCCCGAAAAGAUUUUAACUAAACAUAUGUAGGACAUACCAGAGACAAGGUUACGGAUACAUAGUUUUGUGCACGCGGCACCUAUUCUUAUAUUCCCGUGACGCGCGGCCAUAUAUUAUGUGUUCAAAACAUAAAAACAUUUAAAGCUAGGGAAUCGCGAUGUAGUAUUUGUGAUUUUUUUUAUUCGUUCCUUUUUUUAGUAGAAAUGAUCCAGUUAAUAUGUCCAAUGUUAUUUAUUGGAUAUAAGACAAAUAUCGAGUGUCAGGGGCGCGGUGCGGCGUCGUUAUCAAUUUUAUCAAUCGCGCUCACUAGCAACGAGCCGAAAGAAUACUAUACAAUAGGUAUUUAAUUUGGUCGGAUGCUAUCCGAAUAUCCCAUAAAUCGAAUAAACCAAAAAAUCUAUGUUUUGUUUUUAAUGACUGUACCAUAAAUUAAAAAAAAAAUAAUAAUAAAAUUAUAUUUUAAGUUUGGUGUAUAAGAAGCAUCCUAUAUCUAAUAUAAGAGGCGAGGUGCGGCGUUAUCAAUUCCAUAAAUUACGAUGGCUUCAUGAAGCUGAAAUAAAUAUUCAAAUAGUUACUUAAUUUGAUAAAAAUAAUAAUAAAAAAAAAAUCUUUUGGUGAAUAAAAAGCAUCCUGUAUCUAGGCUAUCAGCGGCGCGGUGCGACGGCGUUAUCAAUUCCAUCAGUUACUUAAUUUGGUCAGCUGCUUCGGAAUUUUUAAAUGCAGAACUCAACGUUGUAAAUGACUGGCGGUGAUAAACUUCGAUUAUUUUCAAUAUUGCUCAGAGCUAAUGUUAGAUCGAAUUGAUUAAAGGUGAUAUCGAUAUUCGACGGAACAAAAAUUCACGUUGUAUUUCCAAAUAUUUUAUAUAUAGGGCCGGUAAAUACGUAACAUUCCUUAGUUUUAAGAAUACGUCGGCCGAAAAAUUUACUUUUCAAGUUAUUCAAAAUAUAAGAAUUUACCUAAAACGGAAUUCCUACGGAAUUUCUAUUAUCGUUUUUUAUUUUUGGAUAUGUGCAAAUAUACAAUUUGGUACUCUUCAGUCGGGGCAAAAAAAAACCAAGAAAAAUCAAUGUUGAGGUUAGAAAAAAAAAUUAAAAAAAUAAAAUGGCUGAAUAAUUGACCUCCGUUGUUCAUUAGCUGUUUAAAAAAAAAUUAGCUGACACUGACUGAUUUCGCGCGAAAACUCUAUUCAUGGUACUAAUCUGCAAAUCACAGCAAAUUACAAUACGAGGAAAAAAGUAAAAAAAAAAAAAAGUUUAACUGUCAAUGACUGCGCUUUUCACGCUAAAAAUCUAUCAUAGUCGUAAAAAAGUAAUAGGCCCGUUUUGACAUUUGUCAUUGCGACGUAA